UGACGCGUCACCGAGGCGCGCUUCACUUCCGCCUUGGGCCUAGCGCGGUUGCUAGGCAACCAGAGGCCUGCCUUUGCUAUGGAGCCCGACCCGAAAGGCUGCUUCGUGCUGAGUAACCUGACGGAGGUGGUGGAGCGCGUCCUGGGCUUCCUUCCCACCAAGGCGCUGCUCCAGGCGGCCUGUGUGUGUCGCUUAUGGAGAGAGUGUUCCCGCAGAAUCCUAAGAACCCAACAGAGCGUCGCCUGGGUCUCCACAGUGGAAACGGGGCCGCCAAAUAGCCAUGCGCUGGUCCACGCAUUGGCAGAGGAGCUUGAGAAGGUUCAAGUGCUGCCACAGACUGUGUUGUAUAUAGCUGAUGCGGAGACUUUCAGUGGACAUGAAGAGAGCCACUUCUUUUGCCAGAAGAAAGUCCGACGAAAAAACAGUAAAGAAAUAGCUGCUGCAUUAGAAAAAUUGUUACCCAAACGCUGCCAAGUCCUUGGUCUGGUGACACCUGGAGUUGUAGUCACACCCACAGGCUCGCGAAGCAACCGGCCUCUGGAAGUUGAAGAUGGUGAAGCUGGGUUUGCGUUAUUGUUCCCCAGGAUUGAUGGGGUGAAGAUUCAGACUUUUCACUUCCGUAAAGACUUGAAGACCAGAGUCCUUGACGAAAGCCUGUUUGCUGAGGCAGGCCUAAAGAAUAACCCAGACCUUAGAGUGGUUAUUCUGUUUGGGUACAACACCUGGAAGUCAGGAGCAACAAGAUUUCUGCACCAGAUAGUCAACCACUUGAAUGAAAAAAGCAUCAUUGUGGCUGGUGGACAUGUGGAGAGCUUUACUUCCCUGAUUCCUGAGAUUAAUACUCGGGCUGCUGAAUCCUGUGGUGUUGUUGGUUUGGCUUUUAGCGGACCUCAGAUCCAGAGCGCUUCUGUUCUUUUAGAUCAGGGUGUAAUUGAUGAGAAGACAGCAGAAGCUGCAAUGCAGCGCCUCAAGGCUGCAAACAUUCCUGAACACAAUAGCUUUGGUUUUAUGUUUGCAUGUGUGGGCAGGGGAUACCAGUAUUACAAAACCAAACAGAACCUUGAAGCUGAUGCUUUUCGGAAGUUCUUUCCUAACAUUCCUCUGUUUGGAUUUUUUGGACAUGGGGAAAUAGGAUGUGAUCGAAUUGUGACUGGGAAUUUUAUACUCCGAGAAUAUAAUGAUACAAAGGAUGACCUGCUCCAUGCCUACACCACUGUAAUGACUCUUAUUCAUUUGGGUUCUGUGAAGGUAAAUCAAGUUUAAACCUUUGUUUUAUGUUAAAUGUGCCUCUGUCAUCAGAAGUACCUCCUGAACAAAAGUGAUGGUUGACAUUAGAAUAUCUACUUGGCAGUUUUGUGCCAUGCAAAAGUUUUAAAAUGGCAAGCUUGUCAGAUAUAUGGUAGGGGAAAAAAUCAUUAUUAAAGUUACAAAUGUUGAUGUUUGUAAUGUUUGGCACUGAAAUAUCAGUGUGUCUGUAGAAGUUUUUGAACUAGAUUUUUGACACUGUUCAAAUUACUCGUUGGAUGCAUUCUUUAACAGCCAUCUUAAAAAUGGUGUUAUCUCUUUUAUUAUUUGACAGGAUUGUCUUUCUGGAGCUAAAGCUUCAUGUUUGAACUACCAAUAUGUGGAGAUAAAAAGGUGACGUAUACAUACAGAGCUCACCAAACAUAAAACAGAGAAUUAUCUCCCCAAAUCCCUGAACUGGAUUUCCCCCCCAUAAAGACAAAAGAUGGCAGUCUGGAACUUUAGGCCUUAGCUUACUAACACACUGUGUACUGGAAAGUGUGAUUUGCUAAACUGGAUUAUGUUGCAAAUUAUAGGAGUUUUCUGGCUGCUUUUUGUUUCUUCUGCCCUCAUAAUCUGAGUAUUCCUUGGAGAUUUAUCUGAUCCUAAACUAUCCCUUAUAUGGUCGGGCACAGGGUCACGAGUUUGGUCUAAGGCAACAGUCCAACUAUCUCCAAGCGUGGCCAGGCUAAAUUUGUAGUUAUGGCAGAGAAAGGUGAGCAUCAGCCCUCUCAUGCUUACCUGUUUCUAUAUAAAGGGGGGAUGCUGUAUACUUCACCCGUAAACACACUUUACUUGGAGGUAGGUCCUGUUGAAUUGGCAUUGGACCUGACUUCUUACUCCUUUGACAACUACUGUUUUAAGGUCACCUGUAGGAAAUAGAAGUGUCUGGAGACAGCAAGGAGAAUGCUGAGUGCAGCAGCUGGAGGGCACAAAGAAUGCUGAGUGAAUGUAACUUAACUGAUAGUUUUUCUUUCAAGACAGGCCAUCAGUAACAUUUUCACAAUCCACAGCUUGUAUUGGCAUAGAGAAAUGGGAGAAGAAUAAUGUGGAUGUAAGAAAUUAAUCUGGUAUUCAGUUUUUUGCUUGGUAGUGAAACAAGUGAAGAUAAUUUAUCAUUUGACAUAUUGUUCUGUCCUUGUAUUGGUGCGUCUUAAUAAUAAGACAGUUAAAGUUUGACUUUUAUCACAUUGCAAGAUGUGUUAUUCCUGUUCCCAAAAAGCACACUGCCCAGGAGUGAGAGGUAGAGUUUGGGGAUCUAGGAGAAGGAGGAGAAUUUCAACUGGCUGCUGAAAUUGUAAGCGAUUCUGAUUAUUUCUUCAUUAUCAAAAUGCUGUUUUAUUUCUUAAUACAGACUUUGGAACCACUGAAUAAAAUGUUGGUGUUUUCCUUUGUUA